AUGGGCGACAAGGAAAAGCUGAUUUUAGAUGAACCCGUUGAAGAGGGAGUCCAUCAUAUAAUCUCCAAGAAAAAUGCUAAGCUUCAAAAAGGAUACUUCCAGUUGCCUUGGUACUUUGCUGGCGGUGUUGUUCUGUUCUGGGCCCUGCUUUUUGUGUCGGUAGUAAAGCCUCUUUUCUACCGCCUGCCUGAGCCUCAGACCCUGGAGGAUGCCCCCAAUGGAGGCUUUAUUGCCGAACGUGCCUACGCUAAUUUGUACGAGUUCGGUGCCAUCGGAACCAAGGUCGUGGGCAGUGACAACAACGAGAUCAAGACAGUGGCGUUUCUUCUAAAGGAAAUUAAUCUGAUCAAGGACAACCUGAACACAGAUCUCUUUGAACUGGAAAUCGAUGUACAAAGAGCCUAUGGGGCGUAUGUGAAAUGGAAUCUGGUGAACAUGUACCAGGGCAUUCAGAACGUUGUCGUGAAACUAACACCUAAAGGUAGCACUAGCGAGAACUAUGUCCUGGUGAAUAGUCACUUUGACUCUCAGCCCACCAGUCCCUCCACUGGCGAUGAUGGUCACAUGCUGGUCUCUUCCAUGGAGGUCCUGCGAGUGAUAUCCUCCGGCAACGAGACCACCCAACACACCAUUAUCUUUUUAUUUAAUGGAUCCGAGGAGAAUUCUUUGCAAGCCUCUCAUGCCUUCAUCGCUCAUCACAAAUGGGCCAAAAACUGCAAGUCUCUGAUUAAUCUGGAUGCUGGUGGCAGUGGUGGUCGGGAAAUUGUUUUUCAGACAGGGCCCAACAAUCCCUGGCUUGUUGAUUUGUACCAGAAGAAUGCCAAGCAUUAUUUCUCCACUGUCAUGGCUGAGGAAAUUUUCCAAGCUGGCUUAGUUCCCUCCUAUACGGAUUUUGCAAUUUUUGUGGAAUUCGGAAAUCUUAUUGGUCUGGAUUUUGGCCAGAUUCUCAAUGGCUUUGUUUACCACACCAAAUACGACAGUAUUGAUGUGAUACCCCGAGGUGCCCUCCAGAACACUGGAGACAAUCUUCUAAGUUUGGUGCGAGCUCUUUCAAAUGCCCCAGAAAUGAAAGACAUGGAGUCAAACGAAUCUGGAAAUAUGGUAUUCUUUGAUGUCCUCGGAUUGUAUUUAAUCAAGUACUCAGAGGAGACUGGAGUGAAGCUAAACUAUGCCGUGGCUGCUGCAACCAUAAUUCUUGUCUAUGUGUCCUUGCUGCGCACUGCCUCCGUGUCUAAAGAGUCCAAUGGAAAGAUCUUUGGCUGGUUUAUCCUAGUUCAAGUCCUCCAGGUUAUUGCCUUUGUCCUGGCUCUGGCCUUGCCCUUUUUGAUGGCCUAUGGCCUGGACAAGUAUGGUUACUCCCUCAGCUAUUUCACAACCUCAUCCCUCUUGGUUGGCCUGUAUGUGUGCCCCAGUCUCAUAGGUCUGGCUCUGCCCAGUUAUAUUUACCUCAAGUUCCAGACUUAUGAUAAAGUCUCCUAUGCUCAGCAUGUCCAGUUUGCCCUUCAUGGCCAUGGCAUUGUCCUGGCCCUUCUUGUAGCUGCUUUGACCUACUAUGGCGUACGAACCACGUACAUUCUUACCUGGACUCUCAUCUUCUAUGUCGUUCCCUUGGCCCUUAACUUACUGAGCACCUUACACGAUCGCGGCUUGUCCUGGACGGGAGUCCUGAAAACCUUCCAGUUGGCACCUUUCCUGUACAACAGCUACCUGUGCUUCACAUUUAUUAUCAUUUUCAUCCCAAUGAUGGGCCGCUAUGGAGUAGAUACUAAUCCUGACUAUUAUAUCGGUGGAUUGACUGCCUUUGGAGCCAUAUUUUCGAUGGGUUUUCUGAUCAUAUUAAUCCAUGUCUCCCGUCGAUCUGGCCUGGUACUUCUGGGACUUUUGGCCGUGACUGCUGCCUCAGUUUACGUUGCCACCUCCACUGAUAUUGGAUUCCCCUACCGCCCCAAGACUAAUGUCCAGCGAAUUCCUUACUUGCAAGUACGCCGCAUUUUCUACGAGUACGAUGGCACUGUGAUCAAGGACGAGUCCGGCUACCUGUUCAACUUCCAGGAUCGUCGUGGCAGCAAACCUCUAGUGGAUGCUGGCGUUGAUCUGACCGGCUUGGUUGGCAUGGAGGAGGAUUGUAAAAAGUACAUGUUCUGUGGAGUACCACAAUACGAUCACCGUUGGGUCGAAUCCAUGGAGGUCAACAAGUGGUUGCCGCGAAAGAAUCAAGUUUACACGCCAGCAGAGCCCUCCCUGGAACUGCUCAACCGGACUAUAUCGGAGGAUGGGACAAUACUGCGUUUGGAAUUCAAACUUAACUGCACGGAUCACACCAGCAUCUUUAUUCAGCCCGAGGAGGAUGCUACCAUCAGUGACUGGACCUUCCUCAAGGACUAUAUCACGUCGCAAACUCCUCCAUAUCACAUUUACUUCUCGUACGGAAUCGAUAAGUCACCUCUGGUCUUUUUCAUCGAAGUUAAGAAAACGGAUGGUGACUUUAAUGUUCCAGUUGUAAGAGUGGGCAUUUCCGUGCAAUUCAUGGAUAGUAAGGGCGAUAAGGAGGCCCAAGUGUUCUCCGAACAGUUUCCUAAGUUUGGAGUGAUUAUCCAGUGGCCGGCUAUUUAUAAGAGAUAUAUAUAUUAA